GCGUAGUGGCUGCAUUAAGACAUAAUUACAUAAUUUUGUUCUCUACACACAUUAAGCAGUUGCUAGUCCAGGCGCGCCGGUGGAAGCGAUUUUGCAGCCAUAUAAUUUCCGCAGUUUUGCUUUGUUUAAAAACUAUGGCGCUGUGUAUACUUUUCACAGUAUGCAUGGUAAUCAUAGCAGCGAGCAGCCAGGUGGCGGUAGCACUUCCCACUACGGAGUCACCAGCCAGUUGUACAGCGGAAGGUAAGACAGCGGCUGAGAAGUGCUUACAAUCCUUCGAGAGUCUGCUAAAAAAGAACAGAGAAAAGUCGGAAAUGUUGGGAGCAGCAUUCGCCACCGGUGACCCCAACGUGACAACCGCCUCCACUGCCGUUGACUUUGUGUGCGGGCCGCUGGCUGGCGCGUAUGCCUGUCUUGAGCAGCUGCCGCGUUCAUGUUUUUUCCAUCUGGAUAUGAUCGUGGCUCUAGACUGGUUUCUGCAUAACCCAUAUAUCACAAUCAAUGGCAGCGAGAUUUUCCGCCGAAUGUGCAGUGUUCCGGAUCUCGCCCAACACUUAAUCCACAUUGCAAAAUGCAGAACAGCUUUGAGCAACAGUCCCGCUUUUAAAACCGAUGGCACAAUAGGUGAAAUUCAACGAGCAAUCGGACCGGACCCUGUUCCCCAGACCCAGGAUUCCUAUCUUGACUGGCAUUGCCGAGCGAAUCGCCAUUUACUGGAAAUUGUAACCUUGGAUCUGGUUGAGACCACGCGUGGCGCGGAUGCCGGUGUCACGUAUACCACAUUUUUUCCGUUGGCGCGAGACGUCCUGUUGUGUUCCGGUAACCGUACGGAAGCGGUCGGCGCAGUCGUCUGAGUAAAUAAGAAACCUGGUGCACGAAUUCUAACUAAACUUGAUCUGGCAGUGCGGCCGACAACUUUUGAUGACAUCUUCGAGCUCCGAAUAAAUUAUGCCUGUUGUAAAACCAUCUAACGAAAGCAGAAAAAAAACAGAUUAAUAACUGUUUCCUACAUUAUGCGGGAGCGCAGUCAGCGCACUAAGACGGCUCAUAUGAACACAAUAAA